GAAAAAAAGGAUGAACACAUCACUCCCUAACGUUACAUAGAAGCGGGAAAUCCUGCAGAAGGAUUCUUUUAUGCAGGCUCUAAAACAUUGAUUGAUACGUGGAAAAGUACAUUAUAAUUGACCACGCAUGCUCACAUCCGUCUCUAUCUUUACUAUUUUAUUGUUCAACUCGGACAACUCUACCUUCUUCGAAACAUAAAAUAGUUAGUUCAUCAGGCCACAUAUCACAUUAAGCGUGCAAUCUUUCAUCAUGACCACUCCAGCUGCCAGUGAUGAUAGUUUAUUUGAACCAAAAGGAUUGACCGCUAGUGAUGGUAAGUAUGUCUUGGAUCAUGCGGGUAUCUCUUCCCUCCUUAGAUAUGUUGUAAGUCCAUACACUAAUUCUCUCGUCCAUUGGACAUGCCUAUGAAAAAAGAUCAAUGCUGACACUAUUUCCGGUCUCAUAUGUAGUGGUCUGGGGUACUUCUUCCCACAACCAAAGAUGAGUAUCUUACUCGCACGGGUGUCGCUUCAAGUCACUACGACCACGUUAAGAAAUACAUCGACCCCCUUCUCUUGGCCUAUGCUCCGGUAAAUUUACAACUAUUUCUCGAAGUCAGCAAGAACCAUGACCGAUUGCUGACCUCCCGCAGUGCAAAACCCACUGCACGAACUUCAAAAACACAACCUACCCAAGCAUUGUAGCCUUGAGUCAUUCUGUAAAAGACUUUGCAGGAUCCGCAGGCGGCAAAGAAGAUGGAUCAUACUACGCCGCCAUUAUUGCUGCAGGAAAAACGCUUUCUAUUGAAUUGAAGAAACCGGUCGCUCAACAAGACAGUUCGACCAUCGAUGAUGCCCGUGAAACGAUCAAGGAGCUCAUAGAUGCGCAACUCAUAGCCAUAGACGAGUUGAAGCAGAUUGCUCUGACGGCUGUGAAUAAUUUGCAUACAUUUGAGGAGCAAUGCCAGGCGGACAGAAUCUCUCUCAAUGGCCAAGACAAGAUCAUCACUGAUGCUCUGACAGGAGAUAGUGGAGACAUUGUGGAAAUUCAGGCAGCAAUUACGGCCAAUAAAGCUGAACUGAGCAAGGACCAAAGUGAAUACGACGAAGGUAUUUACAUUUUCAUUCAAUUUUCCAAUCUUCUUUGAGCGCCAAAAACCAAGAGUCCAGAAUUUACUAAUGAGAUUAGACGUUACUAUUGCUUCAACGGCGGUUACUUAUGCUUGGUGGUAAGCUUAGUCGUUUCCGUAACAAAUCUUCUUUAGUCUUUUCGUGAACCACUAGCUAAUUCGACAACACAGUUGGCCAAUUGGAACCAUUGUAGCUGCUACUAUCAUGGGUGUUUACGGUGCUAGAGCCGUCGAAAUGCAAGGAAAAAUCAAUGGUCUCAAGGGACUUCUCGCUGAUGAAGACGACCAAAUCAAAGCCGACAAAGCAUUGGUUGCUGAUUUGACUCUCAUGAAGGCAGGUGGUCUUUAAGUCCCCUUCAGCAAUCCAUUCGUCAAUAUCCAUCCUUUAUCCCUCAUGUCUAUUCGCAUUACUGACUCCCUAUUCGUGCCGUCUAGGCAGAUCUAGAAACCUUGAUCAGUAUGAUUGGGCCCGCAAUCCGGGCCAUCGAAGGAAUGUCGUCAGUAUGGGAAAACAUCGCUCUGGAUCUCCAGAGUGUUAGAGACUACACCCAAGAAAAGUCGGGAGUUGGACUUCCAGCGGUACAGAAAGUCAACCAGAAUAGUAUCAUCAAUCAGUGGAACAACCUCUACACGAAGGGUAUGUAUUAAAAAAAAAUUUAUUCUGUCUAUAUCCAUAUCCAUAUCCAUAUGGCUAACGAUGGAUACCCUCUAUCUAGUUGACAAUUAUCUUGACAUGGCGUAUGUCACCGAACCCGAGCAAAUGACACUUGACUCGUACGUAAACAAUCUUUCGGCCGUCAUCAAUGCCAAUUAAUGGAGCUAAGGCUCGGGCACUGAAGCGACAAAAUAUAUUCACGGCAUUUAUUAGGCCAGGAAAAUUUGGAUUUGCACAUUUACUUUUAAGUUAUUUGAUCAAUCAGAGGUUUUUGGUUCAAUAUUCUGUGCUUCCUUACACGCUCAUUUCACUGAAUUCAGUCGACGGAAAUAUUCAAAAUUGGAAAAGGAAUUGUUAUCU